CCGUGGUAUCCUGCUCUUGUAUAGCUGACAAACCUCAUAGUCCGACAGGAUGGUUGACGCAAAGAUUCAGGAGCUUCUGUCGAAGCCGCGGUCAGAACUGACCGAGUAUGAAGUCGCCCAAGUCGAGGAGCACGAGCUCACCACCGGACCCCUCUCCAUCCUCCAGACCGCCGUUCGCUCGCGCACACAAGUCCUGAUCUCCUGCCGGAACAACCGAAAGAUUCUGGCCCGCGUUAAGGCCUUCGACCGUCACUGCAACAUGGUUCUCGAAAAUGCAAAGGAAAUGUGGACUGAGACCCCGCGGCUAGCGAACGGCGCCCAGGGAAGGAAGGUCAACAAGGACCGUUUCAUUUCGAAGCUGUUUCUUCGUGGCGACUCAGUCAUUCUCGUUCUGUUGUCUUAAGCGUAUGGGGAGCACGGCGGUGGCAGAUCUGGGAUACGACAUCGAUCACGAUCUUGGAGUUUGGAAUGCAUUGAAAGUUACAUAUCGAUCGCACCGCCAGCGAGCACCACCGAACGAAUCAAUCAAGCGAUACCCUCCACCUUCACUUCUUCAGUCCCUCACUCAGGCCCAACAGUAGUUCAGCGAGACCAUGAGCACCAGGAUCUGGAACCUCCUGGAACCCUUGGCCUCCAACGUACACGGUUCUGCCUAAGCUCGCUUUCAUGCCCUUCGUACCCUGCGCGCCCGUCUGUGCGGCUGCAGCAGCCUCGUCGAUACUUCCA